AUGACCUCGCCGCCUUCGUAUCACGUUGCCAUCCUGGGGUGCGGCGUUAUCGGGCUCUCGACGGGGCUUGCGAUUCUGGAAGGUCAGCUGCAGAAUGGGCCAGGUGGCAAGACGGUAGUCACUAUUGUGGCCAAGGAGGUUCCUGACCUCAAAACGGCAAGAAAGAAGCAUUCUGCAGAGUAUGCUAGUGUCUGGGCGGGUGGACAUCAUGUAAGUGAUGCCAAAAGCGAGCGAGAGCUGCGACACGACAAGAUCACCUUUGAGCGAAUGAGCAUGCUUGCGCGAACACGACCUUGGUCCAGGGCAGCAACAACAUCAGCUACCGCUGUGUCGCCGAUCGUACCCUCGCCGCCAGCACAAUCAAGCACCAGCACGGAAGUCACAGCAGAGCCUCUGGUUUGGGUGCAUCAAACAGAGCUAUUCGAAACAGCGCCAGGCUCUGCUUCCACCGCGCGUCCACCAUACAAAGGAGUCCUCGACUGGUAUCCCGAUUUCAAACCCCUACCGUCCUCCAGCCUCACAAGCGGAAUCGGAUGGGGCUGUACAUUCUCGACAAUCGACGUCAAUGUUCCCAUCUACCACGGCUGGCUGCUUCGCCGCUUCCUCGAGCUCGGCGGCCGGGUUGUCGUGGCCGAAGCCAGCUCCCUGCGACAGGCCGUCCAGCUGGCGUCCGCUCGUUUAUCGACCACGGCCAUCUGCAGCGUCCCAGAGGCCUGGACAUUGGUGCGCAAAGUAGAUGUGCUCGUGGCAAGCCCUGGUCUCGGAGCGCGGUUCAUCGAAGGCCUCAACGACGAAGCGGUGCACCCGCAACGCGGGCAGGUUGUCGUCGUGCGCGCCCCGUGGCUCUCCACGGCAUCUUCCCCAAAGUGGGCCGAGCCACCGCGGCACACACUGCCCGGCUUCUCCGUGGUGCGCGCACAGGGCGGUCGAGAAGUAUACCUCAUCCCGCGCGGCGAUGGCACGGUCGUCUGCGGCGGUACGCGCAUCAUCGACGAUUGGGACCCGCACCCGCGGGCAGAAACCACACAGCGCAUCCUCGAGCGCUGUCUUGCCCUAGUACCGCAGCUUGUAGACCCACAGAAGCGGACGGCGCUGGCAAAGGCUCGCGUCGAAGAUAUAGACGUUGUCGCGGUCAAUGUCGGGCUCAGACCGGCAAGAAGGGGAGGCGUACGGCUCGAGAGAGCGAAGGAGGAUGUGGACGGCGUACGAGUUGUUUAUAGUUACGGGUACGGCGGUGCUGGCUACCAGGCUUCGUGGGGCGCAGCGCUGGAGGCCAAGACACUUGUUGAGGAGGCGCUUGGGCAAGCGUCUGUGCCCUCUGCCAAGUUGUAG